CCAAGCGCUAAACCACAAUACUAGAAAGUGCCUCAUAGCGCACAAACACAAAAUGUAGUUGGAGUGUCAACGCUGGAUUACAUUUCACCUCAGAACAAGAAGACGAGAUAUUGCACAACGGAGGAACGGCGGAGAGACCAUCAUGCUCUCGCCGUUCUUGGCGUUUUCACUAUCCGUGCUUAUUUUGUGUCGGGUAGCGCUCUCCCAGUACUCAAGCGACCAGUGUAGUUGGCGGGGCAGUGGGCUUACCCAUGAGGGCCACGCCAGGGACGUGGAACAGGUCUACCUACGCUGCUCCCAAGGGUCUCUGGAGUGGCUUUACCCCACCGGGGCUAUUAUCGUCAACCUGCGCCCCAACACGCUCUCCCCGGCGGCCGCCCGCCUCACCGUCUGCAUCAAACCAUCCAAGGAGUCCAGCGGAACCAACAUCUACUUGGACCGGAUGGGGAAGCUUCGCCUGCUGCUCAGAGAGGAGGAGCAGUCCCGGGGCAAGGUCCACUGCUUCGGCAUUCAGGACGGGGCGAUAUUCAUCGAGGCCGUCCCUCAGAGAGACAUAAGCAGAAAGAUCACUGCCUUCCAGUAUGAGCUUAUCAACCACAGACCAGGGACAGAGCCGUACUCGUUGUCUGCGACAUGCCAGCCCUGCACUGAUGCUGAGAUGCUCCUGGCUGUCUGCACCAGCGACUUUGUCACGCGGGGCAGUAUUCUGGGAGUCGAGCGGGACGAGGAGCAGACGUCCGUUGCCGUGACGCUGAGUCGCCUGUACAGGCAGAAGAGCCAGGUGUUCGCGACGGCGGGCGGACGGGUCAGGCGCUGGGCGGGAACGGUUAAGAUGCCCGUUCAGUGCGGCGUGAAACCGGGAGAGGGCGAGUUCCUCUUCACUGGCACGGUGCGUUUCGGGGAAGCGUGGCUUGGGUGCGCCCCAAGGUACAAGGACUUCCUGAGGGUAUACCAAGCAGCCCUUGAAGAGGGGACCAACCCCUGUCACAUAGACACAGACUGAGGUCCCGACGGGACUCAACUUAGCCAGACCUCCUAUGGACAAACUGGAACCUUGAGGAACUGAAUUACCUUUGUCUUAUUGGGGUGGACACAAACAGAAAAACAGACUGUGACAUGGCUCCAGAAUCCUUUCCCCUGAUGUCUUAUGACUAUGAAUGACAGAGCCAAAACCCCAGACCUUUCCUUGGAGCAAGGCAGAUGGAGCGUUUGA